AUGUGCGGCGAUGAUAUCUGGGCUGUUUUUGCUAUUCAGGAAAGACACAAGAUCAAACGCUACACUCAACUCAAAAAGGAACCCUAUACCUCACAUCUGGCACAGACCACCUAUGCUAGCAAUAAGAAGCUGGAGAAGGGGAGUCACAAUCCCAUCAACUCUGUCAAAUCUAUGCCACACAUAAAAAGCACCUUGUACUGGAAAUCAUCAGAAAUGGGCUGCUCACCGUCCAAAGGUAACCAUUUUGGUUCUUUGGUUACAAUGAGAAAGGGGAGAAUGCUACCCCCUGUACCGAACGAAAAAGGGUGUGAAGAAGGAGACAGACAGAAUUCAACAGGAUCCGCAAAUGGAGAUACGAAGGAGACGAAGGCGGCUGCACAUGUCCAGGUAUCUCAGAAAGAGGCACAAAUUACUCCACAAAGAAAGAAAAAUGUAACUGAACAAAUGCCCAUGGAAGCAGUGCAUACAGAUAAAAGGGAAGAUCAAAUAAUGGAUAAAGACAUAGUAUCACAGAGGAAAGAGAAAAACAACGAUAAGCAAGAUUUAACAGACAAAAAGUCAACUAAGAAACCAAAGAAAAGUGCCAAAGGUGUGAAAUGUCCCAAAAAGAAAGACAGGGACAAAGACAAGUCAUCCACGGAUCAGAAAGUGGACUUUCCUGAACCUUUGGUAAAAGCUCACCAAGCUGCUUAUUCCUUUUUGAAUCCCAGCAUCAACAAAUACGAUGUUCUACUUGGACUUUUGGAACAGGUCACCCAAACUCAAGCUCAUGUUCAGCCAAUGGUGGUCUUCAUGGCUUUACGCUACGAGGAAAUCAUUCAGGGACUGGAAGAGAUGGCAGAGGAGGGAGAGAAAGUUUUAAAAGAAAAUGGAGAGCAUCUUGCUUGGCAAAGCCAAAUGAAAAACCUCUCCUCCUCCCAUCCCCUGAAGCCAGGCACUGCUAAUAACACUGAGCCCCCACCGGAUUUGUUGCAGCAGCUGCUUCAGUACACCACACAGAGAAUGAGAAAUGUGAGUCAGACUGUUGGUGGGAUUGGGGACUCUUCUUUGGAGGAGGCAGUGGAGUAUUUUGCCUCCGUCUCAGAACUUUUGGAACUAAAACUGAAGGCCAAACGAGCAGCGGAGGCCAGAUUAAUGCAACUCUUGACGCGGAUUGAAAUGGCAUCACUGCGCAAACCUGGGCCGGAGGAUUCUGCUCUGUUUAGCGAGGACAGUGGAAUUGGGGCUGAAAAUGAAUCCCUCGCUGGAUCUGAAAAACGCCACAGACGAUGGAGUGGUGGCUCCACUGGAACAAACAGAACUACUGACAGUCCAAUGGAAUACAUCUCCAAGAACUUUAUGGGAUCGUCAAGGCAAAAGUAUCAAAGUCAAAUUAGUCCAAGUGUUUCACUCACCUCCCUAAACUCACUCGGUUCUACAUGUACCAUAACGGCUCAUGAUCCAAGAGACUCAUUGUUAGGAUCUGUCUCCUUCGAUGAUGGGGAGGACGAUGAAAUUGAUGAGAAUGAUGCACAGACAACUGUGGGAAAUGUUCAAGUAGUCUUUAGAAUGCAAUCCAAUUCUUCAUCUGCUGAGAGUGAAAAACAUCCACAUCGCCUCCCUCCAAAGCGCAUAGAGAAUCCUCAAAAUGUAGAUAUGACUCUCAAAAUGAAAAAUGCUAUAAGUGGUCGCAUUAAUUUUGUUCCAAAACAGAACAGUGGUGCCAAAGUUAACAUAGCAGGCAGCCCAAAAACCACCAGACGAGAAUGGACUGAUGAGGAUGUACGAUCUCCAAAGAGGCCUCAAACUGCUGCCCCUGUUCGGAGGGCAGUGGGUAAAAGUACUGUACAGGGUAGAGGCCAGCGUUCUAGGUCAGCAGAAUCUCUGCGGAGCAAAGGGGAAGACCCUACACUGCUUGAACUAGAAAGGACACAGAAGGAUUUACAUCAGAAAUUACAGAAGAUGGGUAAAAGCAAGACGGGAGCAAAUUCAAGGACUGUGUUGCCUAAACAAACACAAGGGAACUCGCCAGCACAGUCUCCAGUAAUAAACCGAAAACACCCCACAAUGGGUAAAGAUAUCAACCCCAAACCACUCAAAGAGAAGGCAAGUCUGACAAGGCCCAUCACUAAAAAAGAGGAUAAAACUAAUGAAGUGGAAGAAGAUAAACAGAUAGAACAGAAAACUCCUAAAAAUCCUAUAAGAGCAACCCCACCACCAAGCCCUCCUUCAUCACCACGGCCGUCCUCUGGCCUCCACAGAGGCAGGAAUUCAGUCAAAAAGCUGAUCGAUACCUUCAGCCAAGGCAUUGAACUUGAACUUGAUGGUCCUAAAGUUCUUGGGCCUCUGAAGGGUGUGCGUAAGUGUGGUGUUCCAGUAUUGCCUGGUUUAGGAAAUGUAGAGGCUGUACUCAGUGCUGGGGUUACAAGCUGCAGGCCAGACCCAGCCGCAGAGAAACCUGAUUUCUUCGAUCUGGACAGUUUUCCUCCACCACCACUGGAGGUGUUAAUGGAUAAUUCCUUUGAACGUGCACAUAACUGUUCGACCACAGCAGGAGACGGUGCUGCAAAAGCAGGAAAGUCUCCUGUGCUAAAAAGGGCUGCAGUAUCUCAACGACUGAAGGCUUCAGUCCAGUCUGUUACGGUGCUGCCAAGUAAAGGAGCUUUGCCGCAGUCUAAAGUUAUUUCUUCUGCACGAGUAGAUAGAAAAGAAAAACUGACUACAUCAAAGAUCGACCAACCAGAUAUUCAACCGGAGAUGGAUCAAGGAGGGGAAACGGAUUCUUUACAUCAGCAGUCCAGAAAAAUUAUACACUUGCGACAGUCUGCAGACUCUAAUUCAGAAGCAUCGUCAACAUCCAAAAGUCAAGGAGCGUCAAGAGACCUUCAGCAUUGUGAAAACGUUUCAGUGCCUGGAUCUAGAACCACAACAUCUACAGUGCCUCCUUUACCUCCAGCCAAUACCCAAACACCUGCCACCCCUCCUACCUCCAGAGGGCGAAUGUUACCUUCCACACCUUCAACCCCAAGCAGUCAACACCGAAGACUUCCCAGUCCCAACAGCUUCAGAAAGCCAACCUCGCCACCCUCCACAGCAAGUCCCCCUGUAAACAGGGCACUUCCGACGCCACCAGCCGUUCAGAGGAGGCUUCCGAGCCCGCCCGUGUUGAAGCAGAACGCCCCAAAUUCAAACUCAGCCCAAUCAUACUCUUUCAAAGCCCCAUCUCCACCAGCGUCGCCAAAAGUGCAGAGAUGGUCGAGGGAGAACAGCAAUGACGACUCAUCUACCGCCCGGUCGUUCAGUAAUGCACGUUCAGUCUUCUGCCCUGUGUCUCCAUCCAUGUUUGAGGCCCAGCCUUGUACAGUUCCCCAACCACCUCAAGCUUGGACGUCUAACAGAGUUUCUUUUAUGUCACAUACCUGGGGGGGUCGUGGUAGGUUUCCGGUGUCCGUUCAAGGACCUCGACCCUUUGUCCGACGGAGCCAAUCGGACCGAAGGCCAAGUUUAAAUCAGCAGCCACAAUCAUCUGGGAUCUCAGUGGCAGAGACUUGUGGGAGUGAACCAGUUAUAUAUUCAAAGGGGCUAGCUGAUGAAGCUACAAGGGACAAUGAACUAUGGAGCAGCCAAUCAGACCUCAGUACAGCACCACGCUCUGCGUCACAUCCAGACCUGUGUGUUGUUGGACAGGCCUUGCACAGGGACUAAAGGGGCUGGUGCAGGGCCAGUGGGAUUAUGGAUUAGCAGGCUUUAGUGAGGAUUUACGUUGAUAUUGUUUAUUCCACUGAGCUAAUUCCGCUCACACUGCUCAGGUAACCCACCUCCACCAGGUUUAUAUUUAAGUGUGUUUCUAUUUAAGCUUUUUGGAGAUGUUUUGUUGAGGAUCUCAGCAUUUAUACCAUGUUCUUGUCACUUGAACUCUUGUUUCAUGUUUACAACAUACAGGAUGGCACACAAGACUCAUUCUAGUCGGAUAUUAUGUCAUUCUUUAUUAUGACUCCUAGAAAAGUUGUGAUGUAAUCUCAGUUGGUGAUUGUGUUGAAAGUGAUGCAGGAACAGUUACUGGAUCAAAUUAAUUUUAAAGAUGUUGUCAUUUAAUAUUUCCUUAUUAUUUUUAAUAUGUUUUUGAAAAAAUCUUUUUGCUUUGUAUUUGUUUGUUACAAGCUUAUAUGACUCAAAAUCAUUUAACACUUUCAAAGAA